AUGAAAAUCCAAUUAGUUAUCGCUGCAAUUUUAGCCUCUGUAUACGCAGAGGUAGUCACUACAGCCCCAGUACCCGGUGUAACACAAAGCUAUGUUGUCGAUUACCAAUAUAAUGCAAACGACGUUAUAUACACAUCUACUACACUUUCAACUAUAAACCCAUCUGCAACAUCUACUAGCGCGAAUACAGCUACAAACACGGUGA